AUGGAGGGCCAACCGAAAACCACUAUCCGCCCAGCAAGUGGUAUCCCACGGCUAGCGGCGUCCAGACUGCCCCUGCCAACGUCCACAGCACCGAAAUCCAUCCGCCCCUCCCCCUCCCGCGAUCGAUUGCAGGCCGACCCUGGACUGGAUCAUAGUCGUCUCCGACGACCGUCCCGAGAGUCGCUUCGAAAGGAACCGAUAACCCCACGCUAUUCCUUGCCAGCAAAGCCAAUCAUCCGACCUUCUCCCAAACGGGAUGAGCCUCAAACGGAAACAAACGGAACACAAACAUCAGAUAGCGCGAGCUUCUUGGGUGGAGACGAAGAGGAUAACGGACUUGCGCAUGAGCCUCGGGGUCGCCAACGGGAGGACGGUCCGUCUCUUUCGGAACGGACAAUAGAGACGAUCUCGCACAUCCCACCAUCACCAGCGUCUGUGAAAAGACAGUCGAGCUUCUUCAAUGGAGCCAGCCCGAUACGAUCUCCAUCUAGGACGCCAUCCAAUGUGUCCACCUAUUCAAGAUCACCAUCACGGUCGUCCUCUGGUCAAGCAAACGGGAAUGACCUCCUGACACAGCCCGUGUCCAAGCUUCGAUUACCUUCCCGGCCCCGCGCGUCAGUGCCUUUAGCCUCAUCUUUGGCAUCGGGCAAGGUUUCAGAGGCCAGCGAAAGCCCUUCGAAGAUGCGGUUCCCGUCUGCGAGACAAAGCAUUGGACCUGGAAGUAACAUUGCCGAGCCCAAGAAGACGGCGCCCGGCAAAACCAGUGCUUCGGGAGGGGUACUUGCGAAGGCGUCGCCUGCUCGCCCUUCCCUAGCAAAGAAACCUUCAAAGCCCGUUUUGUCAGACAUGGGUCCUCCCGAACGGCCCCUCCAGGUGCGGAAGACCAGGAAACCUCAAACAGAUUCUCCUGCCUCAAUGAGAUCGCCAUCGACCGCUUCGCGAUACGUGUCUGCUGCAUCAACCAUGCAGGAUGAACCUACGCCAGAGCAACAGGCGCAAAACGAGGCAAGGAAAGCGUCCAAGUCAUCCAGCGCUCUGCGAGAAAGUAUUGCAAAGGCCAAGGCCGCUAAAAAAGCGGCAGCAACGACGGCAAGCAAAGACGCGCCGAAACCGGAAGUCGUCAAUCCGUCUAUCAAUACGUGGAAAAGCAUUGAUUUUGAAGACCCCUUUAACCAACUUCCUAAGGGAUCCAACACAGCUGUGCUCAAGAAGCGCGUUGAGGGCGCUCGCACGUCCGGCACAUUGAACAUCGCUGCAAUGUCGCUGACAGACAUUCCCAAAGAGGUGAUCAACAUGUAUGAGUUCGACUCUGAGAACUCAGCCAACUGGUUUGAGAACGUGGACUUGGUCAAAUUCAUUGCUGCGGAUAACGAAUUGGCUGAAAUCGCGGAUGCCGUUUUCCCUGACAUCGACCCUGUGGAUUUCGACCCUGACAGUGAUGAGCGAGGCCCUCAGUUUGGCGGGUUAGAGACACUGGAUCUACACGGGAACAAGCUCCUUUCUCUUCCAAUGGGAGUUCGGCGGCUUCACCAGCUGCGCUUCCUUAAUUUGUCGAAUAAUGAGUUGACUAUGGACAAGCUCGGGGUCAUCAUGGAAAUUCCAUCUUUAGUGGACUUGAAAUUGGCAUCCAAUAAAUUGGAAGGAUCUUUCCCUUCGGAAAUCGGUCGCCUCCGUCAAUUGGAGAGUUUGGAUUUGCGGAACAAUGGUCUCACUAGACUGCCGGAACAGCUUUCAGAGCUUACCUGUCUGAAGGCCUUGGAUGUUGGUGAGAAUCAAUUGACUAGUCUGCCGUUCGCAGCAUUAAGCAAACUUCCUCUCAAGACCCUGAAUGCCCCCAAGAACAAUUUGGAGGGGACUUUGAUCCCUGGAAGCGUGGAUCGGCUGGAGGAGCUACAGUCUCUCAAUGUUGCAAACAAUGCAUUGGACGUUCUUGCGGCCAACGAUAUGCUUUCAUUGCCCAAUCUUCACAGCCUCAUUAUCAAUGUGAAUCGUAUCAAGAGUCUUCCUUGUGUUUCUACAUGGCAAUCUCUAUCAGUUCUCGCAGCCGAGGAGAAUCGUCUUACGGAGAUUCCGGUCGGUUUCGUGGACCUCAAAAACGUCAAGACAGUUGAUUUUACUGGAAACAACAUCACUCGAGUGGAUGAGAAAAUUGGGUUGAUCGAAAGCCUUUCGACGUUCAAGAUUGCCAAUAACCCGCUUCGUGAGCGGAAGCUGCUCAGCAUGAGUUCAGAUGAGAUCAUUCAGGAUCUGCGGAAUCGAUGCGAACCCGACCCUCAAGAUACAGAUGACGAGGGAUCGGUAGCGACUCAGUUCACACUGGCUCCGGAGACACCAGAGCUGGAGAACGGGUGGCGGGUCAAGCCUGGUGGUGUUCUUGACAGAUCAUACUCCGACCUGACAGACCUCGAGACAGACAAGAUAGCGUUGAUCAACUCGGAGGACAUUCGCUGCGUUUACUUGCAACAUAAUGAGCUGCAGUUCUUCCCUGUUCCGGCUUUGACGAUGCUUACACAGGGGCUGGUUGAGCUUGACCUCUCGCACAACCCGCUUAAAAGCUCAGAUCUCAUGUCUUCGUCACUUGAGCUGCCGAAGCUGCAAAGUCUCAAUCUGAGUGCGGCUGGCCUCACAUCCCUGGAGUCGCUUCUGAAGUCCCUGCAAGCCCCAUCGCUCAACUUCCUAGAUGUGUCUAAGAACCGUCUCACUGGACCGCUCCCACACAUUCGACGGACAUUCUUGGAGCUUAAGACUUUCUUGGCCUCGGACAAUCAGAUUUCCAGCGUGGAAUUCGAGGCAGUGCAAGGCUUGCAGGUCUUGGAUAUCAGUAACAACGACAUUGAUUAUCUACCCCCAAAGAUUGGCUUACUCGGUGCUGAGCGUUCCCCGCAAAAUUGGGGCACAGGAUCAGCCUUGAGAAGGUUCGAGGUUGCUGGCAAUCGAUUCCGGGUUCCCCGUUGGCAAGUUGUCGCUAAGGGAACUGAUGCUGUGCUGGAGUUCCUGAAGGAUCAUAUUCCGACCCAAGAUCUGCCCGAGUGGGAGCAUGAGGAUGCGGCAGCUCGUGUUGACACCUUCUAA